CCUGUCGGGAUUAUCUAUACCGACAAGUCGCACUUCCAAAGCCAGGUCUUGGUGCAGUACGGCAAACCGAUAGACACUGAACCAUACGCCCAGCGGUAUCUUGCGAGCAACGACCCUCACGCGGAAGUUAAAGAGCUGACAGCUGAAAUAGAGACCAGGCUGACGAAGUUGACUGUAAACGCCAAAGACUGGGACCAUUGCUUCGCCGGCACUAUGGCUAGAGAAAUAUACCAUCCUGAACUGGAGCUAUUUACACGAGACAACUAUGUCGACCUCUCCCAAGCUCUCAUGGAUCGCUUCGAUGACGGGAAUAGCCAAGAAGCUGUAACAAAGCUCGUGAAAUACUCCGGCAUUCUGUACCACGCUGGCAUCUCGCACGGCUCUCUUGUGGCCCUUUAUUCAAGUUCUGAGAAGCCUUCCCGCGCAGUCAGCAUCGGCGUAUUCCUGCGUGAAGCCAUCACGACGGUACUGCACCCACGCUUCCUAUGCUUCUUCCCCAUCGGCCUCCUGCAUAUCCCAGCUUACAUUGUCGGCUCGUGCGCAGCACGCUUCCUUGCAGACCCUCAGGAACCGGAGACUCUUGCAGAGCGCAAGGCCGUAUGUGGCGGAGUGACCUUUGGUGCGACGGCCGCGCUUUUGGGCAGGAGCAUCACGCGUGCUGUAUACGAGAUCAUCUUCGCCUCUCUGCAGUACGGCCGCCUGAGUCGGCUUCCGAUAUUGAUAACAAAGGUUUGCUCGUGGUUGUUUGAUGUAGGGCAAAGAUCGAGCGCCGCCGCAUUCCUCAGACUACUGGGCAUGAUUUCUGUUAUCUACUGGACUACCUGGUUGCUAUUCCGCUGGCACAGAGCCCUUAUCCAAUGGAACUACCAGCGCAUCGACCGCAUCCUGACGGCCUGGAAGAUUCUGCUAGGCGUCUGGAUCCCUCCAUCACGCGCACUCUCAUCCGCCGAGCUCAACCGUGUAAGCCGCCCGCCUCAACCCAAGCCAAAUCCGUUCGUCAAGCAUCGGAACGUCGAGGCAGCCGACACAGCACCUUCGCACGCUCCUGCCGCCGGAGUCCGCCAGGCUUCCGUGCCGUCGUCUCGCGCCCUCAUCAGCAGCCUCUUCGCUGCCCGCGCAGAAGCUGAGACGGCCGCCCGAAGCCUCCUCGCCGACCGACGAGCCACUUCUCAAUAG